AUGCAGAAGCCCCACAUCUUGGUUCCCAUCAUGGCCACUCAAAAUGGAACUCUGGUCCACCCAGCAUACUUCCUGCUUGUGGGCAUCCCUGGCUUGGAGCCUAAUGUACACUUUUGGCUGGCCUUCGCACUGUGUUUUAUGUAUGCCCUGGCCACCCUGGGCAACCUGGCCAUCGUCCUCAUCAUCUGUGUGGAAAGGCAACUGCAUGAGCCCAUGCACCUCUUCUUGGCCAUGCUCUCUACCAGUGAUCUAGUCCUCUCCUCUGUCACCAUGCCCAAGAUGGCCAGCCUCUUUCUGACGGGCAUCCAGGAGAUCAAAUUUAAUGUUUGCUUGACCCAGAUGUUCCUUAUCCAUGCUCUGUCUGCCAUGGAGUCAGCCAUCCUGCUGGCUGUGGUUUUUGACAGCUUUGUGGCCAUCUGCCACCCUCUGCGCCAUGCUUCUGUGCUCACAGGGCCUACUGUGGCCAAGAUCGGACUAGCUGCCCUGGCCAGGGAAUUUGUAUUCUUCUUCCCACUACCCUUCAUCCUGAAAUGGUUGUCAUACUGUUGAACGCAUACUGUCACUCACUCCUUCUGUUUGCACCAAGAUAUUAUGAAGCUGUCCUGCACCGAUACCACAGUCAACGUAGUUUAUGGUCUCUUCAUCAUCCUCUCAGUCAUGGGUGUGGAUUCCCUCUUUAUUGGUUUCUCCUACACCCUCAUCCUGUGGGCUGUAUUGGAGCUGUCCUCUCAGGGGGCAGCACUCAAGGCUUUCAACACCUGCAUCUCCCAUCUCUGUGCAGUCCUGGUCUUCUAUGUGCCCCUCAUUGGUCUCUCAGUGGUGCACAGGCUGGGUGGCCCCACCUCACUGCUCCAUGUAGUUAUGGCUAAUGUCUAUCUUCUGCUACCACCUGUGGUCAACCCCAUUGUUUAUGGAGCUAAGACCAAGGAGAUCCAUUCACGUGUCUUCUUUAUGUUCUCACAAGAUGGCAGGUGA